AACCGGCGAGUGUUAUUUUGACAAGAAUGCACAGUUGUAACUCAUAGAAUUUUGUCUUUGCUAUAAAAGCAAUAAAUACGUAGACUGGUUCUACAAGUGUGUUUUCGUUAUGCGCAAUUUAGCAUAACUAGUACCGUUAUAACUAGUAACAUUUCCUCUAGCAAAUGUUGUUAUUGAAUAGACUAACGUCCAGGAUACAGAAUUAGCUGUACUUGAAUAACCAUAAUAACGCGAUAGCGGCAUGGUCAAAGUUUUCAAGUUGUCAAUAACUGGAAUAAAAUGCAUAAACUUGUGCAACAGAAAAUCAUUUAAGCACCGUGAAUAUAUUUUAUAUCAUAAAAGUGAUGUCUCAUUAAUAUUUAACACCAAUCAGUCAAUGGGGACUGAAAUAAACAAAGUUUAGUUUAGGGCAGUCAUACGUUGUCUGACAUGAAUAUGUCUAGAAAUCCCAUUAAAACAUUAAAUAAUGUAAGAUUUCGGGAAAACACAGACACGAACUUCCGAAAAAGGUUUAGUUGACCUAUCCUGAAAGAUAGCUGAAUCAUUAUCUAGCAAUAUUAAUUCAAUAUCUAGAUAAGGCAUUAUACACCAGACAUAUGAAUAGCCUGUUUAAUGACAAAAAAGUGUGACAUCUACAUGCUUUAGUUAAAUACAGUCUUAUAUUAACACGGAUUGAUAUCUUGUUGAAAAUGUAUAUACUUUUCGUCUAAUAAUAUGCAUUGAAUUUUAAUAAGAAAAAAUUGUUCAAUAUAUUUCAAUAGAUUGAAAAAUAAUUACAAUACCUAUGAUACAUUUCGUAUAUGAAGACGUCGAUGAGGUGGUCCGGGAUGCGCGCUCUUUAUUUAAACAAAUGACUGUAAAACAAAUACAACACAAUAUGAUACUUUUAAAUUUGGUACAUUUGUAAAAUACACAUUCAUUUACAAAAUGAUUCAAAAUUGAGGCGUCCUUUUUUUGCAAGUUUAGAAGUUGUGGCAUCAGUCUACGUAUUUCGGCAACAACAACAACUACUACGCUGCUUUUGUUUCAAACUGGAAUUAAAUUCAAAAGGGCCAGUAGCAAACCUUCUCAGCAAAAGGUUUACUUUUCGGCGGGUAACCAUUGUGGGUGGUAUAAUGCUUGGAAGUGGAUAUUUUCUGUCUGGAUUUGUAAAGAAAAUGGAACUGAUGUAUCUGACAUUUACACUUUGUGGUAUCGGAUACGGGCUGUCAUUUGCACCUUGUGCUACCAUAAUUAGUUAUUAUUUCAAGAAGAGAAGAGCUCUAGCAAACGGCAUUGUUGUAUCAGCCAGUGGCAUUGGGGCACUUUCGUUUCCUUUCCUGUACAGGUUUCUUAUCGAUAAAUAUGGCUUGCUGCAAGCAUUUUGGAUAAUAGGCGGCGUUGUGUGUAAUAUUUGUGUGGCAGGAUGUGUCUUCCGACAGCCCAUACAGCUAAUGAAAAAUCGGAAAGAGCACGAAUCUAAAGAUGACACCGAAACUGAAACACGUGUAAAUGGUUCAGACGAUAGUAUUGCGUCUGAAAAGAAAAGUGAAAUUAAGCAUCUAAAGAAUACAGAUAUGUGCGGCUGCGGGGGAUUAGACCUAAGAUUAUCACUUUUUAAAAACCGUCUUUUCUGUAUGUACGUUUUUGCUUUCACGUUUAGCACAUUUGGGCACGUGAAUAAUACAAUUCUUAUUCCCGCCCAUGUAAGAGACCUUGGCUAUGACAAAACAUACGUAGCCCUUAGUGUUUCAAUCACUGGUGGUGCAGAAGUAAUUGCUAGGAUUUUCUUUGGGUGGUUUGCAGAUUUAAACAUUGUAAGAAGAAAGUAUAUAUUUGCAGUUUGUAUGUUUAUAGGAGGGAUAUUUUCUUUGAUAACUCCUUUAUUUGACAAUUUUACAUACAUGGCCAUUUACGCUGCAGCUUCGGCUACUUUUCCAGCAUCAUUCCUUAGCCUAAUAUCAGUUUUAGCAAUUGAGAUAGUGGGUAUGGACGAUUUCCCAUCAGCUUUUGGACUAAUAACGUUGUUUAUGGCAUUUGCGUCCGUUAUAAACCAACCUAUAUGUGGUUGGUUGAGGGAUUAUUACGGAAACUGGCACAUAUCAUUUAUACUGACUGGUGUAACACUCUUAUGCUCUGGGGUAACAGUAUUACUCGAGCCACUUAUAAUGCGAUGUUCAACAAGGCAGAAGUAUAAAGUGACUGACGGUAACGAGUUUGGAAUGACUUCUGAAGAAGGAUUGGAUGUUGACAAAUAUAAAAAACUGAUUAAAGACGACAGUUUAUCAGUUGUUGACACUUCUAUAAGGAGAUACACUCCAAAGAAGUAUAUAAAUGAAGCCUUCGAGAAUAGUAGUCAAUUACCACGAGAAUUGUCAUUUAUUCAUAAAUAUAAUGUGUAAAAGAAUUUGGUCACUGGAUAUACAUUUCUAUUCGAAGUAAGAUUUUAGGUGGAAAAAAAUCAGGUUAUUGGGUAAAGAUGUCCAAGGGAAAACUGAAUAUCAUUUUCCUUGUUCAAAGUAGACUUACAGUCGUAUCAGAUGCAGAAAAAAAACUUCAUGUAUACAGUUUAUUCACAGGCAAUAUGUAGAUUCAAAUGAAGGGCGUGAGUAAGUUAUGUCAUUUGUUUUCCAGAGACAAAUGUAAAAUCUUAAAAUGCGCACGAUAAAUGACUGUUUGUUCCGAUGGAAGCGCUGGAUACAUUUUACUUCCUGACACACAAAGUUAUGAAUGCAGAAUUGCUGUUUCUUGUAGAGGAAUAAAAUGAUUUUUAUCAAAA